AUUUUCUUUUUUUGUUUGUUUGUUUGUGUUCAUAUUGCAGAUUUUCAACCUGUCCUGAGUAAAAUGGCUGAAGUACAAGAUAGUUGCACCAACCAAACAAGAGUUGGACCUUCUUGUUCACCUCAGUUGUCCCACCAUUGCCACCGCACUCCAACAUGGCUGCCAGCUAAAUCUGCCCUUCUGCCUUCUUGGAGUGGUCGUUGCUAUGAUGAUGACGUUGAUGAUCAUCGAGCUGAUAUGCAGUCGAAAGAACCCCCUUCGUGUCGUCUUUAUGAGGAGCUGUUCUGUACCAGCCGGUCCUCUGUCCCUCUGGUUCCUCUGGCUGGUGCUUUGAUGGCAACCUCAAGGCCACAGGCUGAUGUGGUGAAAGGAGGAUAUCUGGGGAAGUUGGAGCAGAACAACAGAAGAUAUUUUGUCCUGAGAACUGGAAGUCAUACUGGGCCGAGUCGAUUGGAGUGGUUCAAGAGCCAGGAGAAGUUCACAGCAACGGAGAAGUCUGUUGGGAAAUCUCCACUGCUGGGGUCUAACAAACAAGGCGUGAUCUACUUGCGCUGCUGUCUUGGUGUGAGCCGGAUUGGCAGUUCCCGUAAAGUCCACACGGUAGCUCUGUAUGACAAAGCUCAGACCAUGGUGCUUGUGAUGGAGGACCAGCAGCAACAAGAGGAUUGGUAUGAAGCCAUAAAGAAAYUGAUGGAGGAAGAGCAGAAAGAAGAAGAGCAGAAAGGAGUUGAAGAGGACGAUGGAUACUGUACUCUCCCACCUGCAGCUUUCUUCAAAGAGGUUUGGCCUGUCACUGUGAAGGCAAGGGGUCUYGGCAGUUCCAAACCCUUCACAGGGGAGAACAGACUCUGCCUUACAGCAACAACUCUGGUCUUGGUCAGGCUGGGAGCCAGUAAUGACUUGCCAUCAGUUACAAUACCUUUGUUGAGCGUUCGCCGCUUUGGACACAUGGAUGGCCUUUUCUUUUUGGAGCUUGGCAGGUCAGCUCCUAAUGGUCCUGGUGAGCUCUGGAUGGAAGCAAGAGAAGGUGGAGAAAACGCAACACUGGUCCAAAACAUUCACGAGGCAGUUCGAGAAAGGAUACAAGCACUACGAGCUCUUCCAGAUUUCAGCAGGUCACCAAGCUCCAGACACAAUCAGCAGCCAGCUCUUCUUGCCUCGAAACGCUGCAGACCUAAAUCCAGAGACAAGCCGGCUAAUGUGAAAUCUCUUACUCCACUGGUGCUGCACCUUCGAAACUCUAACGCUCAAUCUAGUCCUGCACAAUCUCAACAAAGCCCUCAGAAACCAGACGACACAAAAUCUGAAUCCUCCUUGAGCUUCACCUCUCAUCACAGUCCUUCUAGAACCCUUCAGAGCUUAGAGCMUGAGAGAGACCGCUACAUGGAAACRAAGACGGAGCRCUGCAGUGAUUCAGCCAGUGGGAUUCAUAGCUGGGAAUUGGUUCAGAAGGGUGAGGAAGGGUGGGAUUACAUGGUCAUGUCCCCUCAGACUAGCCACAGUAUGUCUGAGUUAACUCAGGAUGAUUAUGUUAUCAUGGAGAGUCCACAGAAACUCAACCGGCCGGCUUAUUCUUCCUCUUCUUUCUCUUCUCUUCAGACUUCAUUCAGCAGCUAUACCUGUGACAGUUUCUCUCCUCUGGAUUCGUCACAUCAUCAGUGCAGCCAGUCGAAUUGGCUGCUGACUUCUGUUCAGCAAUUAGAAACACAGCAUGGAGUCCAAGAUCCUGCGGGCGACUCCAAUCAUGCGCUCCCAAGAACCUCCCAUGUGGGAGGCACGUGGCGGAUUGAACUCCCAGCUGCAACC